AUGAAGACUCAUAUCUUUACAACCACUCUCCUAGGAGCAGUAGGUAUUGUCACAGCGGCCAAUCAAGCAUCCAUGGAUAUGGAUUCUUGGUGUAUUACGUACCUGUCUACCUACCUUGCUCCAGUUUCCAACCAAGCUAGCGCAUUACCAUCGACCAAGCGAGAGGCGGAGGAGUCAAUUGCGACAGACUCUCGUAGACUCCCACUCGUGCCAUCUAUCCCACUUACGUUUGGAAGAAACACUUCAACACCAAUGACUCGAUCUAUUUUGAGCGAAAAUAACCAGGAUGCGUCGACUUUGGAUACCUCGCUUAUUUCUCUGCAAUCCACUGACACCUCUCGUCCUUCUCCGGUCAGCGCUGAAACUUCGGAUUUAAAUGUUAAGCCAACUGGUUCACUCACCGACGAACUAGCUACCACUUCGACAUUGAUUCAAGACCUAAGCUCUACCGCUAGUACGAAUGUCUUCCCUACUUCGAGUAGUAUGACUGAACCUGCCGGACGAUCUAUUAUCUUACAAGUCUCCAUUUCCGACAAUGAGAGACGUGUUCGUAACAAAAGAGCAACUGGGGGCUUUGUUGGCAUUGAUAACCCUGAUGUCUGUACAUUUGCUGCCAUCUUCAAUCUCGCCGAAGGCCAGCUCUUCGAUGGAGGUGUGCCAAUUUACUAUUCAGGUGAAGAAUUCAAGGACUUAGCUGGACAAGGUAUUCCUUCUGGGGACUCAAUUACAACAACAUUUGCAACACCUGAUAAGUUCCUUGUAUUCAGGAACUCAGGUCUACCUAAUGGCGAUGCCGGCUUCUGCCAAGACUCUAAUGGCCAAGUUUAUAUUACUUUCACUGAGAGACCUCCUGGAUGUAUACCAGUUAAUUUGGCUGUUUAUAACGUUGAACAAUGUCAAGAUGGUCGACUUAUUGGUGAUGCUGACUUGACAUCGACACCCUACGAUAUAGUCACCUCCGAGACGGUGAUACCGGAAGCUAUCAGUUCGGAAAGCGUCACCAGUAUUGAAGGCAUAUCUUCAGUAGUGGAAACCCAAUCCAUUGAAUCUGAAUCUGAGGGCCUUCUUAUGUCAACAUCUGCAAUGGUUUCUUCCCGCGAGACUGAUUCAUCUGCUAAACCCAGUUCUUUCACUACUACUAUCCCCACUUCAGGCAUCGCUCCUGCGCAAUCCUCCAUUUUUUCUCAACAUCCCAACAAGGAGGCAUCGUCAUCUAUUGACAUAGACGAUUCAACUGUUCUUGAAAGUACUAUAUCCACCCUCAGCGAGACAACAAGUCCUAGGACAUUGGACAUGACGUCGGGGACUAUCAGCAGUAUCGACAUAUCUCCUAUAGAUACAACUACUACCGCGGAUACAACUACUGCCAGUGAGCUCGAAGCAAUUAACACCGACAGCACAACCACCGAAGACCAGCAAACUACCGAUAGCCCAACAGUCACUGAAGAUACUACUAGUGCUACCCCAAUCCCCACAUUUGCGAACCUUCCUUGCAAUGAUCUUGACAGCCCAUAUCAAGAUCCUAGCGGUGUCUCUUUCGAUAUUUUGUGCAAUAAUCAACCACGUGCCUACAUCCCUUUGGAAAAUAUUCAGACAGACAGUUUUACAGCAUGUGUAAAGUUCUGUGCUGAGGACACCCGAUGUGCUGGCUUGCAGUAUCUGAAGAAUACACGUCUGUGUGGCAUGUUCUCGAAUAGUUUCGAUGGCUAUGAGGAGACAACUGAGAUCGAUGUUGCGAUUCGUAUACUAGACGACGGGAGUCAAAUUACCACCAACAGCGACACUACGACAGCCCAAGAUCCAACGACUAUUGCAGAUACAACUACCACAGCUCUCUCAACGACUACUGCUGCAGAUCCAGUUCCCCCAUUCGUGGAAGCUAGCUGCAAUGAGGUCAGCAGUCCAUACGAUGACCCUAUCGGUGUUUCUUUCGAUGUUUUGUGCAAUUACGGAAUAUAUGGCAACGAUUUGAUCGAUAUCCUUCCUGGAAAUGUAUUUACAGCGUGUGUGAGGCACUGCGCUCUGGACGACCGAUGUGCUAUCGUGCACUUUGAUAGGCCAGUAAGCCUGUGUGUCCUCUAUUCGGACUUUGAGGAAUAUUUUGAUGACAUUCAAUUCGACGCUGCAAUUCGUAAAUCAGGGGACGAGAACCCAACAACCACUGAAGACACUACAACUACGGCUCUUUUUACAACAACUGAUGCAGACUCCGUUCCCGCAUAG